GAGCACUUCUGGAGCUUGGACAAGACAGAAAACAAGAUUCCACCGCAGCUCAUCUUCCAGAUCUGGGACAACGACAAGUUCUCUUUUGAUGACUAUUUGGGCUCCAUUCAGAUGGAUCUCAACAGGAUGCCCAAACCGGCCAAGACCGCCGAGAAGUGCUCCUUGGAGCUGGUAGAUGACACCUUCUCUUCCCAUCGCUUCGUGUCACUCUUUGAGCAGAAAACUGUCAAGGGAUGGUGGCCCUGUGUUGCCGAGCAGGAUCAGAAGAAGAUCCUGGCGGGCAAACUGGAAAUGACUUUGGAAAUUGUGGCAGAGCAAGAGCACGAAGAGCGGCCAGCCGGCGUGGGUCGGGAUGAGCCAAAUAUGAACCCCAAGCUUGAAGAUCCCAA